CUAUGAGACAAUUCCAAUGAUGAAAAGAAAUGUAGAGCCAUUUCUUUGAAUAAGCUAACGCUUUAAAACGAGCAAGAAAACAUCCAUCAAACUUCUUGAUUGUAAACAUUUCUCUCCUCUGGAAGCUUGACAGUAUUCAGUUUUCUUCUACCUAUCUCCAAGCUUAAUCUAUAGCCAUGGCUACUGGUGGAGGGCCAAAACCAGCAGCCUAUGUUCUCUUAUUUGUUAAUCUUGUUCUCUUCUUCAUUGUGACUGUCAUAGCUGCAUGGGCUAUGAACCAUGGGAUGGAAAGGUCUCGUGAAACAGCAUCUGUUUUGUCCAUACCAUUGCGCAUUUUUCCGAUAUACUUUCCUAUGGGAAAUAUGGCCACCGGUUUCUUUGUGAUCUUCUCCCUCAUUGCCGGUGUUGUUGGAAUUGCCACCUCUCUUACCGGACUUCAUAACGUUUUCCAGUGGGAUGUCCCCAGUUUACACACAGCUGCUGCCUCGUCUCUUGUGUCUUGGUGCCUCACUCUUCUUGCCAUGGGAUUGGCGUGUAAAGAGAUUGAACUUGGUUGGACAAGUGGGAACUUGCGAACUUUGGAGAUCAUGACAAUAAUUGUGAGUGCAACUCAAUUGUUUUCGACCUGUGCCAUCCAAGCUGCAGUUGAAGAGGCUAUUGCAGAAGAAAUUGAUCGGACUAGAGGAAGAUAUUAAUCCCCAGUGCCCAUCGUCGUUAUCUACAUAGUACUUGAUUAAUUAAUGUGUUAUUGUUAAUUAUAUCCGUCCAUACUUGCAGAAUGUGUAACUUUUCAAAUAUUUAUAAUAAACAUGCUGGAGACUUUUACAAAUACCUGAAAUACAAU